GAGAGGUUGGCGUUACUAGAGCACCCCCCUGCUGUACCCUGUACCUUCACUGCGGGGAGCCUCGGCUCAACGGUCGAUCGCCCCUCCCCGCUUCCAGGUACCCCAUAUCUCACAUUUGAACCGCUGACAUCAGGUGCGACAUAUAAAAUCCUGCCUUCUCAUCACACACCUAUCUCCACCAUACCAAAGCAAAGCAAUUAACCUCACAGGACAAACCCGCAACCCAACCCGACCCAACCGCAUAGAACCCAUCAACCCGUCCUCCUUCAACCUCCACACGCAAACAAUGUCCUCCUCCCUCCCCCCCCUCCCCCUCUCCGCCUUCGCAACCCCACACACCUUCAACCCCCCCUCCAACAGCCGCAUCGCCUACCACCUCUUCACCCCCCCCUCCCCCCCAAAAGGCACCAUCCUCCUCCUCCACGGCUUCCCCGACCUCCCAGCCGGCUACCGCCACCAGAUCCCCGCCCUCCUCGCCCUCGGCCUGCGCGUCCUCCUCCCCGCCCUCCCCGGCUACCACCCCUCCGCCGCCCCCACCGAUCUCGCGCCCUACACCCUUCGCUCCAUCUCCCGCGACCUCGCCGCCCUAGCCGCACACCUCGGCUGCAGCGAGGGCGGCGUCUACGUUCUCGGACACGACUGGGGAGGAGCCCUGGCGUGGCGUCUCGCGCUGUGGGAGCCGCAAUUGGUGAGGGGGAUGGUGGUGGUGUGCACGCCGUUCGAUUCGCCCAAGCCUGGAUCACCCUACGUGCCGAUUGAAGAUCUAGUCGCCGGGCCGCUGCCGCAGUUCGCGUAUCAGCUCACGCUGGCGAGUGGGGAGGUGGAGAGGAAAGUGCGGAGUCUGGAGGAGGUGAGGGGGUUCUUGAAUGCGGUUUAUGGCGGGAGGAGUCGGGAGGGGAAGUUCGGGUUCGAUGCUACUGGGGGUGUGGAUUGGGGGUUGAUUCUGAGUGGGGGCCUGGCGAGGACGACGCUGAUGAGCGAGGCGGAGUUGGAGUACUAUGCGAGGACGUAUGCGGCCGGGGGUGGGAUGAGGGGCCCGCUGAAUUGGUAUCGCACUAGGAAGCUGAAUUGGGAGGAUGAUAAGGAGAUUAAGUGGGAUGGGAAGAUGAAGGUGCCUACGCUAUUUUUGCAGGCGAGUAAUGAUAUGGCGUUGCCGGUGUGGAUGGCGAAGGGGAUGGGGAGGCAUUUUGAGGACUUGAAGACGGUGCAGGUGCCUGGGACGCACUGGGUUUUGGUGCAGAAGGCGGAGGAGUGUAAUAACCACAUUGGGGCAUUUUUGAGCGGGCAGAUGGCAAAGGAGAAGGCAGCGGAGAGCAAGCUGUAAGCAGACAGACUUGGGCAUGGGAAAUUACAACUGGAACUGGAUCUUGGAUGGGAGUUUUGAAGGGUAUCGAUAUCUAUUAUAUGCUAUGCUAGGUCUAGCUAGUAAAAUACACGACCAAAAAGCCGACCCAACUGCCCACGACCCCAACGGCCGCAUACGAGCUCGUGAACAUGAGGGGCAGGAAUUCGUACUUGGCUCCCCAGACUAACCCAUGGACGAGGGAACAGUACGCGACGAGCGGAAUACUGAC